CGAAUACCAUGUAGCCCCUAUUAAAGUGUCUGCUUUUGAAGAUAGCAUCAUUACGUCGGUGUAAGCUGUAAUAAAGGCAAACCUCUUUCAGGGUAAACAAAAGAUUAGGUAAACAAACCUAGCAGCAUUCAAAACUGACAAGAUGUGCUAUCAGUAUAGGUAAAUUAAGCAUCGAAAAUUACCCCCGUUUGUCAGCAAAUUCUUUGAUUGGCCUUGUUAUCGGUAAAGAUAAGUUGAUUGUUCAGUACGCCUAGUCUGUGCAAUGUCAUAGUAGGCCAGUUAGCAUUCUGCGUCUUUCCGACUCGGUUAUUCCAUUUGUGAUGUAUAUAACGUUUCCACUCUCAUACCGAUUAACGCCAAAGUACCCUUAUGAAGCACUGCAUCCAAUAAAAAAAACCAGAUUGAAAGUGAAUUACUAAUGCUAUUAGUUAUGUUUUGUUUGGCAUUGAACCUACCAGAAUAGAAAGUGAGAAAAGGUGAAUAAUAUGACACAUAACGGAUUUUCAAACCAUCACGAACAAGAGCUUGUAGCAGGCAACGUCGAGGGACACACUAAUGGAAUUCACGCAAAUGAUGACGAAGCUAAAAAUCAAUCUAAAUUCGAUACCUUAUGGAACACAAAGAUCUCUAACACUACGUCGUUUAUCAUCGUUUCCAAGUUUCUAGCGGAAUUUUUUGGAACAGCAACGCUCAUGUUUCUCGGCUGUUUGGGCUGCUUGGAUGGUUUUGACAACGUUACAACCAACUUAAGCCGAGGCAUCAUUUUUGGCUUCACCGUUAUGAUUGUGAUCCUCACGUUUGGUGUUGUAUCAGGAGCACACAUAAACCCAGUGGUUUCCAUAGCCGCUUACAUCUAUGGUGAUCUUUCUGGCACAAUGGUAUUAGUUUACUUUAUAGCACAAUUCACCGGAGCUUUAUGUGGUUACGGACUGCUCAUGGCUGUUGCUCCUCAAGAUUAUUUCAACCAAGCAUUGGUGGAUGGCUAUGGGAGCUGUGUUACUGCUCCACAUAACAGCCUUACAUCUGCAGGAGCAUUGGCAAUAGAGUUCAUAGUAACAGGAAUCCUUAUAUGGGCAUGCUGUGGAGUAUGGGAUCCGCGUAAUGCAGACCAACAGAACUCGGUACCAAUUAAAUUUGCGUUACUUGUAGCAGCCAUCUCGGUUGCAGCUGGUCCUGCCACAGGGGCCAGUAUGAACCCCGCUAGAACACUUUCUCCUUGUAUAUGGAAUAAUAGUUAUCAUAAAAUAUGGAUAUAUUUCGUUGGACCACCGUUGGCCGGUGUUAUUAUGCCCAUCGUGUAUAAGUACGUAUUCCGAAGAGAAUCGAACAACAUCAUCGAACAUAUUCCUGCACCUCCACAGGAACAAGUCUGUGUUUGCAUCCUGCACAAUAAAGAAUCACAUGUUGAUAAAGUUUCGGCUCCUAGUUGCAUCACUUCUAAUCUCAGAGCAUCAAGUUUUUUUUGUGAAGUUCUAUCUUUACUGGGAGUCAUUUCCUUUUGUUCCUUAAACGGUGAGUUUUGUGAUACAACCACAAUGAAAAAAUCUACGCUUGAUAACAUUUCUGUUUUUCUUGCCGAACUGAUUGGCACAGGACUAUUGGUGAUGUUAGGAUGCAUGGGAUGUGUGUCCGGACUUGGUCAUACACCUUCCCACUUUGAACUAUGCAUCAACUUUGGAUUAAUAGUGAUGAUCAUCGUACAAAUAUUUGGAUGUGUAUCUGGAUCUCACCUUAACCCUGCCGUUACGGCAGCUGCAUGGGUGUACGAGUUGGUUUCAACCAAGAUGGCUCUAGCUUAUGGUGCAGCACAAUGUAUCGGUGCUUUCAUGGGCUACGGAAUUCUCAAACUGCUGACGCCUGCUUCUGUAUUUGAAGUCGCUCUUGAAAAAGGAGCAGGAUUCUGCGUAACACAGCCGAACAGUGCUAUCUCGAAUAUGCAGGCAGUUGGUAUUGAAUUUGUUGCAACAAUGGUAUUAAUUUUGGUAUGCUGUGGUGUUUGGGAUCCUCGUAACGCAAAGCAUCACGAUUCGGUUGCCUUAAAGUUUGGCUUUACUGUUGGAGCCUUAGCUGUUGCGGCAGGACCUUACACCGGUGCGAGCAUGAACCCAGCACGUUCGUUAGGACCAGUCCUAUGGAAUGGAGUAUACAAUGCACAUUGGAUCUAUUGGGUUGGUCCGCUUGGCGCUGCUUUUCUGACCGCCUUUGCCUAUAAGGCUGUUUUCCGGCGGGAGGUUCCUAUUGAGCAACACAACCACGAACUUGCUGCACUGAAUACAGACAAGUCAAAUGUUUAAUAGCAACAUAAUCUCAGAUCGAAUCCUAUGUACCACCAACGAUCACCUUGCCCACAGCAAAAGUGUCAGUGUGUAUGUACUGCAACCUAAUUACUCAUUUAGCAGCCCAUUUCUGUGGACCAAUCAUUAUUAUGAUUGUGUUUGCGCGUGUGCUGGCUGCACUCAUUUUAAAACUAAAUUGUGCAAGACGUAUGCAUUGUUUAAUAUUAAGAUAUGCUGUUAAAAUAAAUGCUGUUAAAAUAAAUAAAUUUCAAAAACGGGAAAUACACACAUAUUUCAUACGAAAUAAUUGUUAAGAGAUUGUAAAAUUUGCAGUGCACCGUUCAUUUAUUUUAAAAUGUGAUAUGAUUGUAGUUCUGAGGAUUAAAACUUACCAAUAAACUUAUAAUAGUUUAUUCAUAUAUUGCAGAAAGUCCAAACAAUAACCUAGCUAUAUUUUCUUAUUAUUCGGUUCAUAUUCCUAUAGUAAAACGAAAAAUACGAGAAUAUAACAUUGUGUUCUAAUAGAGGCAUAGCACAACAAACACCGAUUUGAUCAACGCGAAUCUCGCUAUAGGGUAAUUUGCCAAUUGUUGCACACUUAAAGGAACAGCUAACGUAUUUCAUAUAUUUGAGAUGGAUUAAAUUACAAUAUUCUGGUUAUGAGUGUCUAUUAUA